CUGCUAUUGCCUCCAUUCCAAGUCCACAUCAGGUCAGUCCCAGAAAUCUAUCGCCAUGAGUGGUGCAUCAGCCACGACGCCCCCUUUUUUCGACUUGGGUGAUCCACUAUUCGUCGACCACGCUGCAAUUGCUGCAACCAGGCCUGCCACUUUCAGACUCAUUCCACACCUAAGUGACAAAGACGGAAAGGCUUUCGAAUUCAUUGGAGGUGUUUUCACCAUGAAUAUCUCCGUGCCAGCUGUCAGCCAACAGCAAUGGAAUGAGAACCAAAAGGAACUUGCAGAGGCCACGAGACGACGCGAAAUCCAUACCUGUUUCAUCACGGGCGCUGCGUUCUCGAUCGACUUCGGGAUCGAGUACGCCUCCUUUUUUGUGGAGAAAUCAGAGCCGUGGUUUCGUUUCCCACUCCACGGCGAUUAUGGACGCUUUUGCAAAGCCAACAGCUAUUGCAUUGGCUGCGAAUAUGUCUUUGUUCUGGCCUAUAUACUCUUCUUUCGUAUAGGAGAAUGCAUCAGAUGGAUCAACUCUCCAGUGUGGCAGCCACCUGUCCUUGAAGCUCCAGUGCUCCACCAAAUCUGCAAGGAGAUAUACGAGCAUUGCACAUCGAAGAAAGACCCAGAGAAUGUCGCGAGCCAUUCGCUUUUUGUGCACGCUUACAGAACGAUUACCAAGGCCAAAACACAUCCGGCUGGCGAACAAGAUAGUAAAAUCAAAGACGUAUUUUUGACACCAAAACCAUGUCCUUCACAAAACGGCUGCGCUCUGGGGAGAGUCAACCCUCCUCGUGAUCCGGUCGCGGAGAGUUUAGCUGGCUUUUUCGACAAUCGUUGAUCUUGAACUUUUGUACUUUGUAUGUUAGCACUUCAGAUCGAUCGUAUUCCCAAACUUGGAAAAGCUGUCAUGGAAACAACGUCGGUGCUGUUCGAGGUCUUCGAUAGUUGAGUUGUAGAAGCAUUCUUCUUGGGAGACCAUGUAUCAACCUCAUGUAUCUUGAUUACACAAGAUGUCGUAUUGUGUGAAGAAAAUCUUGCGGGAGUAGUUGUGUUGCAAGGUCAAUCUUGCAGCAGAAUGACCUGUCACUACAGUCAGUCUUUCAGCCUUAUGCGCCUAUAGCUAGGUAGAUGACGUUACACAUGGCUUAAUACCUAAGCGAUUACC